GCAAAUUUAAGAGCGUAGGUAAUGAGAGUCGAAGACGGCAAAUCUUAUGGCAUCCUCAAAGAGCGGACGGACAUCCUUAACCCAAACAGGUGUAUGAACCCUCUCGCGGCCAAACAUUACGUCUUGACCAGUGCUUCAGCUCUAAAUGCCUGAAGGAGGAAAGUUGUAACCAGUCGGACUCAAAUGGCGAAAAGGAAGAUUCAUCAGGAAGACGACGACGAAAGCGGGAAAAUUCAAGGAGAAGACGACAACGAAAGCGGCUUUGUUCUCAUUUCUGUUGAACAAGGUGCCUCUCCUCAUCGACAGUCAAAUAGGCGAGUUCACAGAUUUGCAAACUCUAGGCAUCAGGGGAUGUUGAACAGCAGUUUGUUUGAUUGCUAUAUGAGGAAUUUAUGGAGAAAUUUUCCAGAAGAUAAGGUGUUGGAUUUUACAUAUCUUGACUGCUUGUGGUUUUCUUUGUACACGGAAGAAUCUUACAAAGGGAAGGUGCUGACUUGGAUUAAGAAUAAGCGCAUAUUCUCAAAGAAAUAUGUCUUUAUUCCUAUUGUUCUUUGGAGCCACUGGAAUCUAUUGAUCAUCUGCAACUUUGGUGGAAGUUCACAAUUGGAACCUAUAACUUCAUGCAUGUUGUUGCUAGAUUCACUUCGAAUGGCUGAUGAUCCAAUGAGGCUUGAACCUCUGAUCAGAAAGUUUGCCGUGGACAUUUAUGAAGCAGAAGCAAUGCCAGAAAAUACAACACUGGUUUCUCAGAUACCUAUCCUGGUGCCUAAGGUUCCCCAACAAAGAAACGAAACGGAUUGUGGAUAUUUUGUGCUUUACUAUAUAAGUUUGUUUGUGAAUAAUGCCCCUGAGAAUUUUCGCAUCACUGAGGGCUACCCUUACUUUAUGAAGGAGGAUUGGUUUGGUCUGGAAGACUUCAAUAGUUUCCGUGACAAACUCAAAUCUGACAGCGGUUAGAUUUAUUGUGGAUGCCUGGAUGAGGUAUUGGAAAUCAUUAUCACAGAUAAAGAUGUACAUAUGUGAAGAAAAUGGACAUAGCAGGGACAAAGUUGCUGGCUUGUGGCAGGUGAUUUGCGUCGCGGUGUGUGCUAGAGGGGCUGCUGGGUGGCAUCUGGUCAGCUGCUGAUACUGUUAAGAAGACAGCAAGAGCAGUAACUACUUGUGUUUAAGUCUGAGACAAAAAAUGAUUUUGAACACUGGGAAUGUUCAAGCCCCAUUCAGACCUGAAUUUUAAAUUCGUUCGGUCUGAUGCACUUUUUUGAGGCUGAAUUAUCGGGUUUUGGGUCUACCCAGUUCGAUUGACAGCACUAGGUGUGAAUGCAACGGCUAGUAGAGAAUGCAAGGUGGGUAUUAUGAAAGGGAGUCAUUGGCACAAUUCAUCAGUUGCCAUUUGGCUAGUCACACCCGCAAACUCAUUGCAGCAAUUUACCAUCAGUUUGUGGUUAUCAGAAUCUCGAACUUCUCGUUACUGAAAUAUGAUCGUCAGAGGAGAUGGUGAAGCAAAUGCAUCACCUUCUGCCAGGCGGCAGCUGACUGUAAUAAUUAUCUGAAUUGUGCUGUGGGCUGUGUCGGCCUGUCAAACCUUAAAUCUUAUGGUAUGACAAAAUUUUCUAAUUUUUGUUAA